AUGGGCAUCCUCAACAUAACAAACGCCUGCGCGCACCUGCAAAACGCCUCCCGGGCGCGGCUAGGCCUGACCUCCCUCCCCAACACAAAAUACAACCUCCUCUUCGCCCUGGCGCUGCACCGGUCCGGCCUGGUAUCAAGCGUGACGCGCGCGGGCCCCACCCCGCCGCCGCCCGAGCAGCUCCUGACCUUCGAGACCGAGCCCGUGACGUCGCGGAACGUGGCCACGCGGCGCCUGUGGCUCGGGCUCAAGUACAUCGGCGACGAGCCCGUGAUGCGCAACCUCAAGUCCAUCAGCAAGCCCAAGCGGCCCAUCACGUUGAAGCUUCCGGGCUUGCGCCGCGUCGCGAGGGGGUUCGAGAGCGGCUACAUCGACGGGCUGAAGAUGGGCGAGUGCAUGUUCGUCGCCACCGACAAGGGCGUGCUGGAGAUCAGGGAGGCGAUGGAGAAGCAGAUUGGCGGGCUGAUGCUGGCGCGUGUGUCUCCGUACUGA